GAAAGAGCGAAAGGAUUCUAUACUAUUGCUUGAGUGUCGCCUUGUUCAACUUCUCGACCAAGGCAGAGAGAGCUUUCAUCCGGCAGCCGCUGAGCCUGAGAUCCCUGCACCGCCUCCCGCCCGCCCGCCGGAAUGGAGUUCGCCUUAGUCGAGAGUGAAUCGUUCUCUCCUUCCUGCCCCACGCUUAUCAUGCCAGCGCUGUCGAUUGGCAACGUGGGGCAGCUCGCCGUCGACCUUCUCAUAUCCUCGUCGAGGGCGAGGCGGGUGGCCUACCUCGACGAGCCCUCCGUGCUGCCCUGCGCCGGUAACGACGCCUUCGGCCCUGACGCCGUCGGCGACCUCGCACUCGCUCUCGAAGCUUAUGAAUCUACAUCUCAUAAGCUGGGUUUCAUUCAGCAAAGGUCUCCAGUUACUACAGGAAUGAUGGUUUCAUUUGCAAAAAAUGUUGCUGAUUUCAUAAAUAGCAUCGGGAAGAACCAUAUUGUCAUUAUAUCAAGUUUAGAUUCUGGAAAGAGGAGAGUGAUUGAUGCAUCCAGUGACAUGCAGGUGUAUUACCUUUCAAGUUGCAAUGAAGAUGGUUCUGAUCCAGAAUAUGAGAAAUUGGGGUGGAAAAAGCUUGAGGAUUAUGAUCCAUCUCAGAAACGGUGGAAUUGUCUUGCUAGCCUAGUUGAGGGUGGUGGUCUUUCAGAAGAUCUGGAUGAUGAUACUGAUGAGAUGACAAUAAAUGAUUACUAUGCAAGCCUGCCAUUUGCAGCACUAUUCUCUGCCUGCAAGGCUAAAGGCUUGAAAGUUUCUUGUGUACUGUGCUACUGCUCGGAAGGCGACAACAUGCCAGAAUCUUUCCAGUUAGCUGAAGCAAUAUGCAAACUUCUAGGUCAUGGCCCUGAGAAAUUCCAUGGAAAUGGGUCAAAUGGAUGGAUCGUUCCCUUGUCAUGGAAAUCAGUAUAUGGACCACCACCUGAUAUGUCUAUCUUUUAGUGUUGAAUUAUGAUCAGUUUUAUAGGUGAAGUUGCCAUCACGGAAAAUGCUGAGUAGAAUCGAGGAUGUUGAACUCUUAAUUUAGACAGUGUACCAGAAGUAUCCAGGAGGGUGAGUUGCAGACGUUUGUAGUCAGUUGGUAAAGGAUUACUAAACACUCAAGGAUGGAACUUCUGCAGGCACCAUGAUACUUAACCCUUAAAUGCAUGAAUCAGAAUAUUUUUGUAACUGGUACUGUGGCUACUAAGAGUCAGAUCUUUGUCAACUCAGGUCUGCUAGGUGCUUACGCAUGUUGCUUACCAUCAUACCAUGUGCCGUUUCCAUUCUAACCAUGGAAUUCCAAGCUUCUCGUCUGCCGUUUUGGCAGUUUUGCCCA